GCUGCUACUGAAUGCUGGAUUUCUAUCUCUAUUAGAUGUUGGACUAUUAUACUCAGAUCGUCGUAAGGGCUUUUGCACUUCUGAAUGGAUGGGUGAGGGAGAGCGAGACAUUGGGAUGAUAGGGUUGUUAAGUUGCUGA